GCCGUCGUGCUUCUACACUCGCACAGCGAAGAACAGGGCACCUCUGAUCAGAGAUAGUAGCAAUAUAGCAUCUGCCCACGUUCUCACGCAUCACCACAGCUACAGCAUCAAUAGUACCUUGCCAGGUACAGCUAUGGCGUCCGAGCAGAAUCGCCGCGAGGACCGCGCGCAGGCCGCGGCGCAAAAGGCGGCCGAUGAGCUCGCCGCGCCCAGGCGGGACAUGCACGAGCCCAGCAGCCCAGGACGGCGGACCGGCAUCUUCGGCAGCGUGCAGGAGAGCGCGCGCUACCUGCUGGGCGCCGUCCGCGACACAUUUUCCGGCGGCGCCCGGGACACAAGCACGGCCCACAACAGACACUCCACCGGCGCCAUGGGGACCGCGGGGGAGAAACUUAAUGAGUACGGGAGCUACGCAUCCCAAAAGGCCGAGGAAGGGAAAGAGAGCGCGAGUGAGAUGGCGGACGCCGCCGCCGGUAAGACCAUGGAGACCAAGGACGCGGCGGCAGAGAAGACGAGGGAGAUGGCGGACGCCGCCGCGGGGAAGACCAAGGAGACUAAGGACGCGGCGACGGAGAAGACGACGGAGAUUGCGGACACCGCCGCGAGGAAGGCCGCGGAGACCAAGGACGCGGCGGCAGAGAAGGCGCGCGGCGCGGGGGAGAUGGUGACGGAGAAGGCGAGGAGCGCCAAGGACGCUGCCUUGGAGACAAAGGACGCAGCGGCUGAGAAGGCGAGUGGAGCGGCGGAGACGGUGACGGAGAAGGCCAAGGGCGCCAAGGACGCAGUAUUUGAAACAGCGGAGGGCGCCAGGGAGUACAUGGUGGACAAGAAGGAGGACGCACGGCGAGCGCUCGCCGGCUCAGCCAAGUAUAGCAAGGGUGAGACGAACGAGUCGGCGUGGCAACAGGGUCAGGACGUGCGUCGGCGGGCAGCGGAGAAGGCCGAGGAGGUUCGUCAGCGCACGCAUCUGCCACCGGAGGAGGAGAGGUCGAAGUCGGCAACGGAGAACAUCUUCGGGUCGGCACAGGGGUUGACGCAGGUGUUAAAGGAGAAGAUGACGAUGCCGACGGACGUGAUCGAGCAGAAGCUCGCUGAGAGGAAGGGGAUGCCGACGGACGCGGGGCGGGGCGAGGCACUGAACGCGGACGACGUGAUGAUACGCGUGAAGGAGGCGGAUCAGAUGACCGGGACAGGGUUUAAUGACGUCGGCAAGAUGGGCGAGGAGGGUACCGGCAUGAAGGCGGCACUGAGGGCCUCCGACGAGGAGGAGGACGUGAUGCUGCGGGUGAAGGCGGCGGACCAGAUGACAGGGCAGGCAUUCAACGACGUCGGCCCGAUGGGCGAGGAGGGCACCGGGAUGGAGCCGGCGUUGAGGGCGCGGAAGAACGCCUGAGAGCAUCUACUCCUGUAAUCCUGUUGCGUCUGAGCGUUUCGUGCUAUACUUUGUAGUACAUGGCACUCCUGUCAUGAAUGAAUGAAUAAAUUAUGCUGGGCAGCUUUGUUGCUAAA